CCGACUAAUCACCACAACCCACCUGAGUCCCACUCCCCAACACGAAGUUCCGUUCCUGGAAGCUUCCACAACCCCCAAAACACCAGACCCACCACCAGCAGACCCGUACCAACCCUGCCUGCCGCUGGAUUCGCCUGUAUAUAUUCCUAUUUAUUACCACCCCAUGACUCACGUGGAUCCCAAACCUUCAUCACAGACUCCAUCCGGGGGCAUUCCUGCCAUCACCGGCAGCAUAAACCAUACCAAUGCCAUUCACGUGUUCCCCGAACACCUACAGCCGUGGAAGCCCACCGUCAUUUCGUACGGAUCUUCCUUUCUUUCCACCACCAUUGGGUUCCCUAUGGAUACCAUCAAAACCAGAAUGCAAACGCACCCCGAGUUCAAAAGCUACUUCGACUGUGCCCUCAAGACGUACAAGGCCGAGGGAAUCAACGGGUUUUUCAGAGGAAUCUGGGCGCCGUUGGUGUCUUCGUCGUUUUCCAAAUCCAUCAAUGUGUCGCUCUUCACCCAAUGUAAACCAUACGUCCACAACGGGCUCUUUCCGUACGACGACUCGGAUAUACACCCGUUUGUCAGGAAUAUCCCCACCUGUUUUCUCCUGGGAAUGGUGGCGGGCGCCGGGGUGUCGGUGUUUGCCUGUCCGUUUGAAUUCACCAAGAUCUUUGCGCAGAUCAGUAAGUUAGUGGAACGUAACACCGUCAGUAAGGCCUCCAACGGCCUGACGUUGGCGACGUUCAAGAAAAUCAUCAAGUACGAGGGCCCCAUGGGAUUGUACUCCGGGUUUAGGUAUCAUAUCGUCAGGGAUGCUCUUUCGUCUGGAGUAUAUUACUCGGUGUACGAGACCAUGAAGUACACAAUGAACACCGUCAUCAACAAGGAUGCCACCAAGAACUCUCCCAUAUCGGUGGUGCUUGCGGGAGGGUUGUCUGGGGUUACUUGUUGGAUCGUGGUGUUUCCCAUCGACACUGCAAAGUCGUUACUUCAAAAGCAGGUGGUGCUGAAUAUUUUCUGCAAGAAGGACCGGUUGCAGCCCAAGCCCGUUAAACGUCCAAAGAUCACCAUCAGCAGAAAUAUGUAUAGGGGACUUGGAAUUUCGGUCACCCGGUCUUUUAUUGUAAAUAUGGUGUUUUUCAGCACCUUUGAGUUUCUUAUGGGCCAUAUAGCCUGAUGUAAAUAGUAUGCCAUGUAAAUAAGUUAUAGAGGAGAUAUUUUACACACAGUAGUUUGGAGGAGUUUGAAUCUUUAUACAAGUGUAUUAUUACAUAUGCUACGUUAUUCAUAAAACUUUGCUCUGUUUGAUCACCGCCUUCUGCUUCUUCCUCUCGAAGCCUGCUCCUGUUCUGCUUCCUCCUCAGUGGCUUCCGGCUUCUUGGUUCUUCUUCUGGUUCUUUUCCCAAUGGGCACAUCGUCAACAAUGAUAUCACGAAGACUCUCUUUUAAUGGUGACUUGGACCGAGUUCUGUUGGCAGGAUUGUCUGUCGACGUGCUGUCCCAUUUACCACUGGUCUUUCUUGACGUGGGUUGAGACUCGGGGUCAAGAACUGCGUCAAUUGAAACUGUUUUCCUUGUUUUGGGGACUUUUAACGGAGGUAAAGGCUUCUUUGUCACCUUCUUAGGUGAA